ACAAUAUUGGCCCAUGGUAAACUCGACUCAAGCUCACAUGUCCUCACCAGCCCACCCAUCAUUACACGCCGCGGGUCCCAAAUCAUUCCCCGCCGUCGGAUCACCUUAACAAACCCUAUCACCAAACCCUACUACAUAACCCGCCAUUCCCACUCCCCUCGCCGCCUGCGUCCACCUCCGCCCCCCGCCCUCCCCGCGUCCCCCCUCUCCUACGCAGAUCGUCCAGGUAAGAUGUCGUCCGAGGCGGUGAAGGUGGCGGUGCCGGAGUCGGUACUCCGCAAGCGGAAGCGCGAGGAGCAGUGGGCCGCCGAGAAGAAGGAGAAGUCCCUGGCCGAGAGGAAGAAGUCCAUCGAGAACCGGAAGCUCAUCUUCACCCGCGCCAAGCAGUACGCCGAGGAGUACGAUGCCCAGGAGAAGGAACUGGUACAGCUUAAGCGUGAGGCCCGUUUGAAGGGUGGUUUCUAUGUCAGUCCUGAGGCAAAGCUGCUAUUUGUGAUCCGCAUCCGUGGUAUCAAUGCCAUGCAUCCUAAGACCAGGAAGAUAUUGCAGCUUCUGCGUUUGAGGCAGAUAUUCAAUGGCGUGUUCCUGAAAGUCAACAAGGCUACCAUUAACAUGCUUCGCAGGGUUGAGCCUUAUGUUGCAUAUGGGUACCCGAACUUGAAGAGUGUCAGGGAGUUGAUCUACAAGAGGGGCUACGGAAAACUGAACAAGCAGAGGAUCCCUCUGUCUAACAACCAAGUCAUCGAGGAGGGCUUGGGCAAGCACAACAUCAUUUGCAUUGAGGAUCUUGUUCAUGAGAUCAUGACUGUCGGCCCACACUUCAAGGAGGCGAACAACUUCCUUUGGCCAUUUAAGCUGAAGGCACCGCUGGGAGGUCUGAAGAAGAAGAGGAACCACUAUGUGGAGGGUGGUGAUGCCGGUAACCGUGAGAAUUACAUCAACGAGCUCAUCAAAAGGAUGAAUUAGGUUCACGAUCAAGCUCUAUUGUGUUCUAAGAAACUUUCUGUGCUCUCCCAAUUUUACAUUAUUAGGAAGCGGAUGAAUAUGCAUGCAGUUUUGUUGUUUGGAACUAGAUGUGUAUGGAAGAAACAUGAUCUUUUUUCUCGGAGGUUUAAAAUUAUAUAUUUAGGGUUAGUUUGAAAACUUCAUUUUUCCAAGGGAUUUCUAUUUUCCCUAGGAAAAAUGAACUGGUUUCCCAAACCAGCCCAUGAUGCAUUUCCCGUCCUGAGUAUCGGGCCUUUUUCUCUGUCCAAGACGCUCUUUCUGAAGUACGAUCUGUAUUUAAAUC